CAACAUGUCUAAGAAGAGAGGUUUAAGUGCUGAAGAAAAGAGAAUAAGGAUGUUGGAGAUCUUUCAUAAUAGUAAAGAUUUCUUUCAACUAAAGGAAUUGGAGAAAAUAGCGCCAAAGGAGAAAGGCAUAACAAUGCAGUCGGUGAAAGAGGUGAUACAGAGCUUAGUUGAUGACCAUUUGGUUGAUUCAGAGAAAAUUGGGACUUCAAUAUAUUUUUGGUCAUUCCCAAGUAAAGCAAAAAAUGUGAAGAAAAGGAAACUGAAUGAUUUACAAAGUGAAGUCGAUGAUUGUGCCAAGAAGUUGAAAAAGACAGAAGAUGCCAUAGCCCAUGAAUCAGUAGGUCGCGAAGCAAAUGAUGAAAGAACAGAGACACUAUCAAUGUUAGAACAGCUUCUAAAACAAGAGGAAGGGCUGAAGAAGGAACUACAAAAGUAUAGGGACUCUGACCCCGAGUACAUAGCUCAACUAAAAACUGAGACUGAGGAGCUAAAAUCAGCUAUAAACCGUUGGACAGAGAACAUCUACACUUUGAAGUCUUACAUCAAGAAUAAGUUUCAAAUGGAAAACGAAGCCAUUGACCAGGCCUUCGGCAUCCCUUCGGAUUUAGACUACAUUGAAUAAACCAUAGUUAUUUGUAGAGGUUAUGUUUAGAAAAACAAAUGAUUCAGAUUUAAAACCCUUGGAAUUGUUUUGGUCAUGCUUAUUUCCUACAAAUUAAAUGUUAGACUACCAAUUCACUGAUUUUAAAGCUUGUUAAAGAUGGUUAUGACC